AUGACUGCUUUCGACUUGAACGACGUGGCAGCGGCCCUCCGCACAGCCCGCGCUGAAGGGAAGCCGAUCGACGCACCAACGAAGACCUGGCCUACUCUUGAUCCCGACAUGGCAUUCAAAGUCCAGCAGAUCAACUCCGAAUACGUCAUCAAGAAUGGCGACCGGCUAGUCGGAUAUAAGCUCGGCAACAUCGCGAAGGUUAUGCAGGCUGCAUUUGGCUUGGACCAUCCUGACUAUGGCUUCCUGCACGCAAGCUCCUUCAUCUACGAAGGAACGGCAAUCUCUCUAGACAAGUUCAUCAAGCCAUUCGUCGAACUUGAGCCUGCGUUUGUGCUGCGGAGUCCUCUUAAGGGGCCUAAUGUCACUGUCGCGGACGUCAUCAGUGCGAUCGACUAUGCCAUCCCUGCAAUUGAGAUCAUCGACUCGCGCGUCAAGGACUGGGCGAUUGACCUUCCGGAUACGCUGGCGGACAAUGGUUCAACGGGCGCAGUCAUAAUAGGCGGGACGCCUCGCAAGCUCACGGAUCUCACGCUUAGCAAUAUGCGUGGCUUCUUGAAGUUCAAUGGCGAGGAGGUGAUGUCAGGAAACACGAAGAACAUCCUAGGAAAUCCCUUGUCAGCUGUGGCGUGGCUGAUAAAUAGACUGGCGGAGUAUGAUAUCGAGUUCAAGGCCGGGCAGCUGAUUAUGCCGGGAAGCUGCUUGGAGGCUGUUCUGAUGGACAAGGCUGGAAAAUGGACAUGCACUUAUGAAGGCUGGGGUACAGUUGAAUUUGAUGUUGUAUGA